GCUGGCUGGCGGAGUAUAAAGGCAUCCGCGGUGCCGGUGGCGGCGCUGAGCUGCGCGGCUUGCAGUCGGGACUCCACGUCGGAGGUCAGCCAACCGGACCUUGCAGCCCGCCAGCACGCUUUCCCCGGGCUUAGGCUUGCAAAGUGACCUCCCUUUUUUCUGACUUGAUCCCACUUGAGUCCUUUUGAGAUGACGGUUCUGGAUGCAGCUGCAGCUGCUCGGGUCGUGGUCAUGUUGGUAGCCACCGCUCUUUGCAGCGUCCCUCUGCUUGGAGCCGGCGCCACCUUGAACUCGGUUCUCAAUUCCAAUGCGAUUAAGAAUCUGCCCCCGCCGCUGGGCGGCGCUGCCGGGCAACCGGGCUCUGCAGUCAGCGUGGCCCCGGGAAUUCUGUACGAGGGAGGGAACAAGUACCAGACUCUUGACAACUACCAGCCCUACCCCUGCGCCGAGGACGAUGAAUGCGGCACGGACGAGUACUGCGCCAGUCCCAGCCGCGCAGGGACCGCCAGCGUGCAGAUCUGCCUGGCCUGCAGAAAGCGCCGGAAACGCUGCAUGCGUCACGCUAUGUGCUGUCCCGGGAAUUACUGCAAAAAUGGAAUAUGCAUGCCCUCUGACCACAGUCAUUUACCUCGAGGGGAAAUUGAGGAAACCAUCACUGAAAACUUUGGAAAUGAUCACAGCACCUUGGAUGGAUACUCCAGAAGAACUACACUGUCUUCAAAAAUGUAUCACACCAAAGGGCAAGAAGGUUCUGUCUGUCUCCGAUCAUCAGACUGUGCCACUGGUCUGUGUUGUGCAAGACACUUCUGGUCCAAGAUCUGUAAACCUGUCCUCAAAGAAGGUCAAGUGUGCACCAAGCACAGGAGAAAAGGCUCCCAUGGAUUGGAGAUCUUCCAGCGCUGCUACUGUGGAGAAGGCCUGUCUUGCCGGAUACAGAAAGAACACCAUCAAGCCAGCAAUUCUUCUAGGCUUCACACGUGCCAGAGACACUAAACCAGCUGUCCAUAUACAACGGACUCCUUUAUCUAAUAUAUGCUAUAGAAAUCCUUUAUGACUUUUGUCAGCUCAAUCCUAAGGAUGUACAAAUUUUGUGUUUAUACUUAAGCAUUCCGAUAAUACCUUCCAAAAAUCUGGAGUGUAAGAACUUUGUUUCUUGAUGGAACUCCCCUGUGAUUGCAGUAAAUUACUGUGUUGUAAAUUCUCAGUGUGGUACUUACCUGGAAAUGCAACAAAACUUCUAAUUAUUUUUCUAGAGGUGCUGCAUUGUCUUUUUUCUAGUCAUGUAAAUUUGUGUACGCACUGAUGGUUGACUUGACUGAAAAAUGUUCUAUAUUGAAUUGAAGGCAUUUCAGUUUAUAGAUCCUAAAUAUAUAGCCCUUUCUUAUUUUAUUUCUAGAAUAUAGGAUGCAAGGAGCUCUUGGAAUGACCAGUGCUAGGUAUCUAAAUUGAACAUGAAAAUAUUAGCUGAUUUUCUGAUGUUCUGUCUCUGCUUAGAUUCUUUCUCUCUAGGCUGUGAUAGUCCUUGAAAUAAAAUUCAUCACUUAAUAUCAUGAAAUGCUACAAGCAUAGAUAAAUGUUUGGUUUGGGAUCUUAGAUGUAUCUAACUGUGUCUAUGUUCUGGGAGAACAAAAAAAUGGCAUGUUUAAAAAUGAUAACAGAAUUUAUCAUCUAUGGGUGAGGCCAUUAGUAACUAAAGAACAUGUAUGUAUUCUCCAUUGAUAAACCAAAUGAUUAUGAUAGUAUGAGAUUGAAGGUGACAUUACUACUUUCAGAGAUACUUUUCUACCAGGUAUGGUGGCUCAUGCCUGUAAUCAAAGCUUUCCAGAGGCUGGCCAAGGCAGGAGGAAUGCCCAUUAAUUCAAAGCCAUCCUGGGCUGCCUAGUGCUAUCCAACCAAACUUCUGCUGCUGAGUGAGAACUGUCUCAAAAAAAUGACAGCAACAACAAAAUAGUUCCCAAUAAAUUCAUAAUUAUCUAAGUGAUCAAUACUUAUUGGAAGAAACAAAGAGUCCAGAAGAGUAAUACCAAUGUACUUGAUGAUCAACAGAAUGAGGAAAAGGAUUUGUGGAAAGAGAGCCAAAAAAAAUGCAUGCCAAUUUUAUGCCAAAUAAUUAAUUUGUAGUAUUUUAAAUACAGCAACAUGCAAGGAAGAAUGGCUGCAAUCAGUUUGAUUUAAAAAUAACACUAAAUAGCAACCAUAAACCCUAGCAUGCUCCACUUACUUCCUCAUGUUAGUCAUUUGAAUAUUUCAAUUUUUGCUUAACCUAUAUUGUAUGGA